AUGAAGAGACUUUCGCUGUUCAUUUUCAGUGCAAUUCUGGCGACUGCUCAUGCCCUCACUGUGGAAGCACCUGACAAGAAAAUACAGGUGGCACGAGGGAACAACGUUACUCUCCGCUGUCAUUUUAAAACAGAGGCGCCUGUUAACUCAGGAGACUUUUUUGUCUGGAGGAAAAUCAACCGUGUGGACGAUGCUGUCACUAGGUAUUUUGAUGGGCUUGUAUACUAUGGCAAGGGCUAUGAAAACCGCAUACAGAUAAAUGGGGACGUAAACAGCGGGGACGCGAGCAUCACCAUCAACGCAGUGACCAUGGAAGACAACGGGACGUACGCAUGCAGCGUCCAUCUACGGAAUGACCUCCCCAGGCACACUGCAUUCUUGUCUCUUUUUGUCCUCGUUGCACCAUCCAAGCCAGAAUGUCAAAUUUUGGGGACACCAGAAUAUGGACAGACAAUUAAUCUGACCUGCAAUUCUCAUGAGGGCUCUCCAAAGCCCACGUAUAGCUGGCAAAGCUUCAAUGUACAAAAUGAGCCCCGUGUGCUGCAAACAACAGAAGGGGAACUAAUAACUCUGAAGAAUGUCUCGGCAGAUACCUCUGGCUUCUACAUCUGCACUGCAGUAAACAUUGUGGGAAAGGCAUCUUGCAACAUGACAGUCAGCAUCGUGCCACCAUCCAUGAACAUAGCUCUUUACGCUGGCAUCAUUGGUGGUGUAGUGGCUGCAGUCAUUGUUAUCGGUGUUUUAGCCUAUUGCUGCUGCUGCCGGGCGGAGAAGAACAAGGACUACGAGAUGACAACCCCCCACAGAGACUCCUACAAGGAACCAGAGAGUCGGUUGAAGGAAAGAAAAGAGAGGGAGGAGGAA